AUCCAGAAAUUUGAUGAUCAUGUUUACAAAUCAUAUUUUAAAAUGAAAACAUUAAAUAUAGUCGACAUUUGAUUAGAUGGACUACCAAACAUAAUUAUUUUUGUGUGGUUUAUAUUUAAUAUAUUUUUGGCUACAUGAUUUAUUAAUAUGAUUAUUAGACUCCAAGGACUAUUUUGUCUAGCUGAUCGACACUAAAUAUCUCUCUCACUAUCAAAUUUGUCCAAGUUUUAAAUUUGGUGACUCAUCUCCUUAAUGAUUUUAACAGCAAAAAACUUGUAUAUAUAUAAAAAGUACAUAAGAUACUAUUCUUCAUUCAGUUUUCUUCACACUUCUUGGUUACCGUACAUUUCACUAUUUUCCCAUCACAAUCCAAUAAUAAAUUUUCUCCUAUAAAAAACCAUUUGCUAUAUUCUCUCCUCAUCAACAAAUUUACUUCACAAAAUAUUCUCAGUUGCAAAAAAAGAAGAAGCUAGGAAGAAUAACACACCUUACACUUAUACACUGAAAAUCAGGAUGUUGACCUUUUUACCUUCAAUCAUGCUUCAUUGAUCAUCAUCAUCAUCAAUCUUCAAAUCUCAUCUACCUAGUAGUAACUUUAUUUCAUCACACUAGAAGUUCCAUGACCACAACAAUGGCUAAGAUUUCCAAUAAUCCCUUUCAAAUUUCCAACUUCAUAGCAAUUCUAUUACUCACAUCAUACUAUAUUUUCCCUCCAUGUUUGUCUCUAACAAUUGAAACACAAGCACUUCUUGAUUUCAAAAACCAUUUGAAAGACUCAUUGAAUACUUUAGCUUCAUGGAAUGAGUCAAACUCUCCAUGCAUCUUUCAUGGAAUUACAUGUGAUCCAUUAUCUUUCAAAGUCAUAGAAAUCUCAUUGGAAGAUAACUCCCUCUCUGGCGAAAUUUUUUCGUCAAUCUCACUUCUUCAUAGCUUGCAAGUUCUUUCAUUACCAUCCAAUUCCAUUUCCGGAAAAAUUCCAUCCGAAGUAACCAAAUUCAUAAACCUCAAAGUCUUGAAUCUAUCAGGAAAUGAGCUUGUUGGUGCAAUUCCAGAUAUGUCUGGAUUGAGAAACCUUCAAGUUCUUGAUCUUUCAGCGAAUUACUUUUCUGGUCGAAUCCCUAGUUGGAUAGGGAAGCUCACUGGACUAGUUUCACUUGGUCUUGGAGAAAAUCUUUACACCGAGAGUGUGAUACCCGAGAGUCUUGGAAAUUUGAAGAACUUAACUUGGCUUUAUCUACGCGGUUCUCAUUUGACAGGAGAGAUUCCAGAAUCAAUAUAUGAAAUGGAAGCAUUGGAGACUUUAGAUAUUUCAAGAAACAGGUUAACUGGCAAAAUCUCAAGAUCAAUUUCAAAGCUGAAAAAUGUUUACAAGAUUGAGUUGUUUUCAAAUAAUUUGGUAGGCGAAAUACCAGAAGAACUUGCGAAUUUAACAAAUUUGCAAGAGAUUGAUCUUUCUGCAAACAAAAUGUCUGGUAUAUUGCCUAAGCAAAUUGGUGAUAUGAAGAAUUUGGUUGUUUUUCAACUCUAUGAUAACAACUUUUCUGGUGAAAUUCCUGAUGGAUUUGGUGAUAUGGAAAAUCUAAAAGGUUUUUCAGUUUACAGAAACACGUUCAACGGAACGAUACCAGAGAAUUUUGGUCGAUUUUCCCCACUCGAAAGUAUUGACAUAUCAGAGAAUCAAUUUUCAGGUUUUUUUCCAAAGUACUUGUGUGAAAAAAGAAAGUUGAAAUUUUUGCUUGCAUUGCAAAACAAUUUCUUUGGAAAUUUUUCUGAAUCUUAUGCUUCAUGCAAAUCACUUGUAAGAUUAAGGAUUAGUAGGAAUUUUUUAUCAGGAAAAAUUCCGAAAGGUGUUUGGUCACUUCCUAAUGCAAAAAUAAUUGAUUUAGGCUUUAACAAUUUCAGUGGUGAAGUAUCUUCAGAAAUUGGAAAUUCAUCAGCUUUAACUGAAAUUGUUUUGAUGAAUAACAAGUUUUCAGGUAAGGUUCCUUCACAAAUUAAAAAAUUGGUGAAUUUGGAGAAACUUUACUUGAGUAACAAUAAUUUCACCGGAGAAAUUCCACAUGAAAUUGGAUUUUUAAAGCAAUUAUCCACUUUGCAUUUGGAAGAAAAUUCAUUAAAUGGCUUAAUACCUAGUGAAUUAGGUCGUUGUUCGAGGCUGGUGGAUUUGAAUCUUGCUAGGAAUAAUUUAUCAGGAAAUAUUCCAAAUUCGUUUUCGCUUAUGAGUUCUUUGAAUUCUUUGAAUUUGUCAAGAAACCAACUUACAGGUUCAAUUCCAGGAAAUUUAGAGAAAAUGAAACUAAGCUCAGUGGAUUUUUCUGAAAAUUUUCUUUCUGGUAGAAUUCCAUUUUGGAUUUUUAUCAUUGGUGGAGAAAAGGCUUUUGUUGGAAACAAAGAUUUGUGUGUUGAGAAAAAUCCGAAAGCUUCAACGAAUUCUGGUUUGAAGAUUUGUGAUAAAGAUAAUGGUCAUAGAAGACCUAUCUUUCAUUAUAAAUAUCUCAUGCUCUUUUUCAUUGCUGUUAUAUUCGGCGCUGUGGUUUUGAUUGGUAGAUACGUUAAGAAUCGAAGAGGAAAAAAGUUACAAAAUGGUCCAAAGGAAGGACGUGAAAAAUGGAAACUAGCAUCUUUCCACCAAGUGGACAUUGACGCCGAUGAAAUAAGUCAUUUGAAAGAAGAUAAUCUAAUCGGCUACGGUGGUGCAGGAAAGGUUUAUCGAGUCCAGUUGAGGAAAAACGGUGGAGUGGUGGCUGUGAAGCAACUAGAGAAAGGGAACAAUGUGAGGAUUUUGGCAGCAGAAAUCGAGAUUUUAGGGAAAAUUAGACAUAAAAAUAUACUUAAACUUUAUGCUUGUUUUCUCAAAGGAGAAACCAGUCUUUUAGUUUACGAGUAUAUGCCAAAUGGUAAUCUUUUUCAAGCUCUUCAUCGAGAGACAAAAGACGAGAAGGUUACAUUUGAUUGGAAUCAAAGGUAUAAAAUUGCGUUGGGAGGAGCGAAAGGGAUUUGCUAUUUGCACCAUGAUUGUUCUCCACCUGUUAUUCAUAGGGAUAUAAAAUCUAGCAACAUUUUGCUUGAUGAAAAUUAUGAAGCAAAAAUUGCUGAUUUUGGUGUUGCAAGGUUUGCAGAAAAAUCUCAGAUGGAUGAUAGCUCUUUUGCUGGCACACAUGGUUAUAUUGCUCCAGAACUGGCUUAUACAACUGAAAUAACCGAAAAGUGUGAUGUGUACAGCUUCGGAAUUGUACUAUUAGAGUUAGUAUCUGGUCGUGAAGCUGUUGAAGAGGAAUACGGUGAAGCAAAAGAUAUUGUUUAUUGGGUUUUGACUAAUCUUCAUGACCGUAAAAGUGUACUCAACAUUCUUGACGAUAGAGUUGCAUCAAAACACUGUGUUGAUGAUAUGAUAAAAGUGUUGAAGAUCGCUAUUAAGUGCACUACUAAGCUUCCAACUUUGCGUCCUACAAUGCGAGAUGUUGUUAAGAUGCUUAUUGAUUCUGAACCUUGCAAGAUGAAAUCUAAAGGAUGUGGUCUUGAGAAAGAUUAGUGGUUUUUGUUAUCAAAGUCUAUAAUGUAAAUAAAUUCUUGUAAGAUAUGUCCCAAUUGAGGAACACUUUUGUUUACUUGUUGAGAUUUUUAUGAUAAUAAUUAUGUUUUAUAGAGGUGUUACAUAUUUAUAA